UCGAACGAUGCUAGACUUGCACCUUGCAGAAGUCCGGUUGUGAUUUCAACUCUUUCCGCUAAUUGAUUGGCCCAAUUUCAUACCACCGAUAAUUAAGCACGGAUUCCUGUCAUCACGAUACAGAGACCAAAUACAAAGUGUGUGUAAUCAGUGUCGUUCCCUUGUUUUGUGAAACGUAGAUUCGAAGAAGGAGUACCUCUACAUCUUCCGAACACAGUGACUAACGAUUUUAUAGUUUUACGAGAUUUUUUUCUUUCGCGUAUUAACCGAACUGUAACGAAAUGUCCUUCUUCUCUCGACAUGACCGUUGCGGCGAGCGUCGGUAGAACGAGCCUUUCAAACGGCACCAAUUACCGACGGGUUGGGGGCCGUGGAAGCUAAAAAGUUGCGCUGGUGUACUCCGGAGCGCCUUGGAGUGCAGUGAACGAAUCUCUUGAAGCUGGUUAAUUGGUUAGGGUGAUAGUCAAGAGUCGAGGAAAACUUUCAGAACUCCGAGGCGGAAUCAGACCAUUCGAUUUGGGUACCCACAUGAGCUGGGGCAAGUUUUUCGCUAGAACCGUUCCGCUUUGUUAUCAGGCCAUAAUGACGUCUGGUAUCUAGGUGUCUCCUUAGGACGAGGCGAAGAGGGCAUCUUCCCAAAACGAGUUUUCCCGCGUGGGGGAAAAACAACAUGUCCGAUCAUGGGGGGGCGGAUUGCGGCAGCGACGUCGAUCCAACGGAGGAAAUAAACGUUGACGACUCAGAUUCAAGGAGCAGCAGCCCACAGAAUUACACAAACUCGUCACACGGAAUCCACGAGGAGAGAUCCGAGUGCUCCAACUCCCCGCCACCGAGCCACACGACGACUAGAACGGAGAACGAGACGCCCAGGAGUCACCCCUUCAGCAUAAGUCGGCUGCUGGGUGAGACCCGGGGUCAAACCGCGAAGAGUCCUUCCUCGGAGGAUCUGGAGAACGAGAAAGAGCGCAAGGUUUCUUGGGGAUGGGAUGACGCGCACAGGAACAUCACCCUCGAGGACGAGAGGCGGUCCUGGGGGCCGGAGGCCGAGGAGAAGCUCUCGGACAAAGAUGACGACGACACCGGGAGCACCCCCGAGACUCAGAACGGGAACCCUUCCCUGCACCCGGACCUCUUGGCGCCGUUCAGACUCUUCCCAGGUGGUUCCGGACUGAUUUACACCGGGGGUGGCGUCAUCAGAGUGCCGGCGCACCGGCCCCCUGGAGCUACCGGCAACCCUGGUACAACCCUACCAUCUCAGGCCCUGAUUCCACCCUGGAGCCUGCAGGCCAUUCAACACAGUCAACAGCAGGCUGCCGCUGCGGGGCUCCAUCGUGCUAGUUUGUUGGCUAACCUGGCUGUACAUCCUCUCCACGCUCAUCCACAUCUCAAGGACAGACUGGCAGUGGCUGGAGCAUUUCCGAGAAGGAUCGGCCAUCCGUACCAAAACAGAACGCCGCCAAAACGGAAGAAGCCAAGAACCAGCUUUACGAGGUUACAAAUUGCUGAGCUGGAAAAACGGUUUCACAAGCAGAAGUACUUGGCGUCAGCCGAGAGGGCGGCUCUCGCUAAAUCCCUCAAGAUGACGGACGCGCAAGUCAAAACGUGGUUUCAGAACAGGAGGACAAAAUGGCGAAGACAAACAGCAGAGGAACGAGAGGCUGAACGACAAGCGGCGAAUCGUUUGAUGCUCUCACUGCAGGCAGAAGCUCUUGGAAAAGUUGGAUAUCCUGGCUCGAUGCCGGCGCAUUCCGGAGGUCAGACGUCUAAUGCAGAAGUGCAGCAAUCCUCACAGCCUGCAAUGGGACACCCGAUGCCUCAGUGGGCCUCGCCAUACGGACCCCCGCAGCCCUUGACGGAACCGAUUUGCUGAAGGGAAUAUCGAUCGGAAGAAAUGCGUAGAAUCGAUUAGAUUAAUUAAGGUAUCGUGCAAUAAACACGGAUCGUAAUUGUACGUCGGCACGUGGUUCGAGAAAAAUGCAAUUUUUUUUUCUUACCCAGAAGCAAAAAUUUUCAUACAUUUCGUCAAACACGUUCUGAAGCCGAUGCAU